UCGAAGAGGUAAGAGACAACGAAGUUCAACGCGAAAAAAAGGCGUUAAGCCAGACAAGAUGAGCAUUUAUAUGCUGUUAGUUCUGAUGACUGUUUUGGGCACCGGUCAUGGCCUUAAGUGUUUUAGAUGCGGUGGUAAAGAGGCCGACUGCACCAAGAAAAUAUUUGAAGGAAACAAAACAAAAUACGUAGAGAACUGUUCCACUGGUCAGGAUACGUGCAUGAGGACCUGGGGCCAAAAGGAGGAUGAUGACAACAGCUACGUCUCCAGCAUGUGCAUGGAAAAGCAAGCCUGUAAGGAUUUAGAAAAGAAGUGUGAAGAUAAGGAGCUGAAAGAUGAAAAUGACAAACCGUUGAAGUGUGCCGUCGCCUGCUGUAGCACAGACGAAUGCAAUGGUAGCUCCGAAGUCUACUUCGGCGUGAUCUUUUUGGCCGCCUGUUCUAUCUUCGGCCUGGCACUGAUAAAGUGAAGUAGAAGGCAAGGCGCUUUUAAAGCAACUCCAAUGGUAGUAUCCUAUACGUACACAUCAGGUGCAAGUUUUUUAGUAGUCUAUCACAAAAUUUUGAAGGCAUCAUUCAAAACUGUCAGGUUGUCUUAAUAAAGCUUUUGAUUCUGCACAGAAAA